AGCGCAUAGCAAACCGUGUGGACUACGAUGAGGACCAUUUCCCUGCUAUUUCUGGUUGCAUUCACAGCUUUGGGAGGAAGUUCCGAUGGAAAGCAUAACAGUCGUGCCAAACGGGAUCUCUUGGUGCGUACCAAAAGAAGAUGGGUCCUGUCUACAAUUGAAAUACAAGAGGAACUAGAGGUGGAUUAUCCACAUCAAAUUUCUAGGAUGUUUAAUGACAAGACACAAGGGAAACAAUUUGCAUUCCAUAUAAGUGGAGAGGGAGUGGAUGACGGAUUGUUCACUGUUGAUAAAGACACUGGAGCUGUUUUUGCACAUAGACCGAUCGACAGAGAGAAGAAGUCAACCUACCAUGUCAAGUUUGAUGUCUUUGACAUAGAAACCAACCAAAGAAUUGACAGGGAACUAAGCUUUGAUGUGGCAAUAACGGACAUAAAUGACAAUGCACCUCAGUUCAUAGAUCCGCCAACAACAGUCGAUGUAGACGAAAACUGGGAAGAGGGGUACCUUCCGGCGGUGUUUUAUUUUAAGGACAUUGACAGAGAAGAUUCAGAUAAUUCAAAAGUCACGGUUAGCAUAAUCUCACAGGAUCCAAAAGAACCCACGAUUGAGGUUCUACAGCUUGAUGACAGAAUGGCCCAGCUCUCAUUGAAAGGAUGUUUUGACUAUGAUAAAGAAAAACAAUACAAAGUUACUCUGGAAGCAAAAGAUCAUGGAACACCAGUCCGCUCCUCUACUACUGUUGUAACCCUCAAUAUUGGUGACACUAACAGUCAUCCACCAACGUUCAAGAAGAGGGAGUACGAGGCUGAGGCUUUGGAAAUGACGGUCCACAAAGAUCUUUUGAGAUUUCUGGUUGAGGAUAAAGAUGCAACGGCAAAUGUUGAUGACAACAAAGCCAUUUACUUCUUUAUCAGUGGGAAUGAGGAAGGACUCUUCGAACUUGAGACUGACCCAGAAACAAAUGAGGGUAUUCUAAGUGUCGUAAAGGAGAAGAAUUAUGAAAAAACAACUCUGAUCCACCUGGAAAUUGGAGUAAAGAAUAACGCUCCUUUAUUCAUGUGUAAAGAUGGGAAACAGACUAAGGAUACACUUCCAGACACAGCUAAGAUCACAAUAAAAAUGAUUGAUACCAAUGACCCACCAAUGUUUGAGAAACAGACAGCCGAUGUGUUCCAGAUGGAAGAAGCACAACCAGGACAGGUGCUAUUCACUCCAAGAGUUAAGGAUGUUGACUCUGAGAACUUCAGAUUUGAGCUGAUAGAAGAUCCCGCUAACUGGAUGUCCAUCGAUAAAAAAACUGGACAAAUUACAACAAAGAAGAUGAUGGACAGAGAGUCGCCUUUUGUUGGCGCUGACAACAUUUACAAAGUUGUCAUGGUUGCCAUAGAUGAUGGUGAGCCUCCAGCAACAAGUACAAGCACCAUCAACAUCCACCUCAGUGAUAUCAACGACCACGUUCCAAAGCUCACAAACAACAUCACCAUCAUGUGUAAGAACCGAGUCAACAAAGUCACCGUGUCAGCUGAGGACCUCGAUAAGAAUCCCUACAGUGGGCCCUUCACAUUCUCUCUGGGGGAUGAUGAAAAACUGAAACAGCGUUGGAAACUAGACCCCUCUUAUGGUGAACAAAGCAACCUCAUUAGCCUGAACAAACUUCGGCAUGGUAAGUACUCGGUGCAGCUGGUGAUUAAGGACCAUCAGAAUGCGAUCGGACGAGAAACACUUGAAGUGGUGGUGUGUGACUGCAAGGAAGAAGAUGUCUGUGAUACACGCAACUCUAGUUCCUUUGAUGUGGGAGGAGCAUGCAUCGGGAUGAUUAUUGCAGCAGGACUGCUUUUAUUUCUGAUCCUACUUCUUGCAAUCCAGUGCAAAUUUCCCCCAAAACCGAGAGAAGUCAUUGAAGGCGAACGCAAUGAGUCACUAAUUCAGUACAAUAUAGAAGGAGGGGUAGAAUAUUGCAAGAAUAAACCUACUGUGCCGUCUUCAGUAAGACACGCAUCUAUGACAGACGGCAUUACACAGAGCAAUGCCAUGCUGCAAUCUCAGACACCUUUAAAAUGGUCACAUAAAAUGGAAAGCUUCAAUUCAGGUCAGGAAAUGCAUAUUCCCCCGCUGAUGAUAUCAAACAACCGCUCAUACAGUUUUCGUCAUGGAGGACACUUUUAUGAAAGCCAUGAGAGGUUUUCCAAUGAUUUGGCGUGGACCAAAAACAGGAGGCAGACCCAUCAUGCCAACUCGUUACUUUCCCAACAGUACUCAACCCGGGGAGACUUGCAAUUUAGGUAUCACCAAGAGAAACUUAGGAGGCUUAAUGAAGAGGACACGCCUGAAUAUAAACCCCACUCAUAUGCAUAUGAAGGACGUGAAAGCGUAUACUACUUUCUGGAUGAACUGUCAAUCAACAGCCUGGGGGAUGAUUUGCAUUUUCUGGAUGAUCUAGGACCAAAGUUUAAGCAGACAUUGUUGAGCACGAUGAGGAGCAUUUCCUUUCUUCUGUUGGUUGUGUUGGCAGCUGUGGAAGAGUGUCAUGGUGGGAAGCACAACAGUCGUGCUGAGCGGGAUCUUUUGGUACGCUCCAAAAGAAGAUGGGUCCUGUCUACAAUUGAUCUACAAGAAGAACUGAAGGUGGAAUAUCCACACCAGAUUUCUAAGAUGUUCAAUGACAAGACACCAGGAAGAACAUAUGCAUUCAUAAUGAGUGGGGACGGAGUAGAUGAGGGACUUUUCACCAUUGAUCAAAACACUGGAGUAGUUUAUGUACACAGACCAAUUGACAGAGAAAAAACACCAAGCUUCCAUAUCAAGUUUGAUGUCAUAGACACAUCGACAAACUCAAAAAUAGACAAGGAACUAGCUUUUGAUGUGGAUGUAAAGGAUAUAAAUGACAAUCCACCUGUAUUCAUCCAAGCGCCAACAAAGGUUGGUGUGUUGGAAAAUACUACAGAGGGAUACCUUCCAGUGUUGGUAGAAACCACGGAUAUAGAUGACCCAAAAACGAAUAAUUCACAAAUCAUAAUCACCGUGAUUUCACAAGAUCCUGAAGAACCCAAGAUGGUAGCUGAUCAGUUGGAUGCCAAACACGCCAGACUAAAAUUCAAAGGGUGCUUUGACUACGAUAAAGUGAAGCAGUAUAAAGUUGUCAUUGAAGCAAAAGAUCGUGGAACACCAGUCCUCUCCUCAACUACUGCUGUCACUCUUAAUAUUCUUGACACUAACAGUCAUCUGCCAGUGUUCAAGAACAGGCAGUACCAGGCUGAGGCUUUGGAAAUGGCAACCCAUAAAGAUCUUCUAAGACUUGCAGUAGACGAUAAAGACACACCCUUGUAUGCAGAGAACCGGAACGCUGAAUACUUCUUCAUCAGUGGGAACGAGAACGGCAUGUUCAAACUUGAAACUGACCAAGACACAAAUGAUGGUCUUCUAAGUGUCGUCAAGGAGGUGAAUUAUGAGAGAUCAACUUUGGUCCACCUGCAAAUCGGAGUGAAGAACACUGGAAAAUUAAGUGUUUGCAAAAAUGGAAAACUAGUUGUGGACCCAAGUGCACUUCCACCAUCAGACUCAAUCAAUGUCACAAUAACAAUGAUUGACACCAACGACGCACCAGUGUUUGACCGUGAUACGGUUGAUGUGUAUUUGGAAGAAGAAACAGACCCUGGAAAGGAAUUGUACACUCCAAAGGUUCAGGAUGUGGACUCAGAUUCUUUCAGAUUUGAGCUGGUAGAAGAUCCGGCUGACUGGGUGUCCAUGGAUGAAAAAACUGGAGAAAUUACAAUAAAGAAGAAGAUGGACAGAGAGUCGCCUUUUGUUGGCCCUGACAACAUUUACAAAGUUGUCAUUGCUGCCAUCGAUGAUGGUAAACCUCCAGCCACCAGUAUGAACACCAUCAACAUCCACCUCAAAGAUGCCAAUGACCACACCCCAAUGCUGGUAAACAGCAGCAUCGUUAUGUGUGGAAACAGAGACAACAGUGUAAUUGUGUCUGCUGAGGACAGUGAUGCUGAUCCUUACAGUGGACCCUUCACGUUCUCUCUGGAGGAUGAAACAAUGAAGGAGUACUGGAAACUAGAACCCCCUUAUGGUUUACAAACCAGCCUUGUUAGCUUGAAGGCACUCAUCUACGGAAACUACUCGGUGCCGCUGCUGAUUGGGGACAAACAGAAUGAGGUCGGACGCCAGACUCUGGAAUUGAUUAUAUGCGACUGUGGAGAAAAAGAUGUUUGUCGUGGGAAAUUACCAAUUUCAUCUGAACUCGGCGAUGCCGGCAUUGGACUAAUUAUUGCCGGAUUACUUCUAUUUUUGAUCCUGCUUUUCAUAUUUUUCUGCUCCUGUGAAGAGAAGCCGUUUAAAACCUUGGAGUCAGAGGAGGGCAAUCAAACAUUAAUCCAGUACAACAAUGAAGGAGGGGGAUCUGAAUGCAAGGUUGAGCACACUCUCCUGACAUCAAUGCAGGAUGUGACUGUGAUAGAUGGCCUGAAGCAGGACUAUAUUGUGCAGAAGUCUGAGAUCCCAAUGGCGACCUCCAUGGUUACAGAACAUGGCACAGAGCAAACUAUGAGAAACGACUACAGACACUCACAGAGUUUGCCUUGGGAAAAAGAGUCUCAAAGGAGCCACAAUGUGUAUUCGGCGUAUUCAUCAUGGAAUUUGAACAACAGGCAGUCAUAUAAACAGGCUGCAUCCACAUUUCAGAGAAACUCUUCACUUUUCUUCUCCAAUCAACGUUUUGCAGACCAGAUUUUCGGGCAAAUGAACAUGCUUGACAAAAAUGACGUGUACGGGCCCGAGUACAGACCCGUCGUCUACAAAUAUGAGGAUGGGAACAACGAUUGCUACUCACUGGAUCGACUGUCGGUCGGCAACCUGGAUGAUGAUUUCCAGUUUCUGGACAACCUCGGGCCACAACUUGCAUCAGCCUUUCUCAACAAGAGCCUGCAGGUGUGGCAGGCAGACCUACUGUGUUGGGGAGUGCAGUCAUCAGAUAUUCUGCUGCGACAAAAGAGAGCCUGGGUCAUACAGACCUUAACCAUUCCAGAAAGUUAUGAAGGACCUUUCCCACAUACAUUGGGCAAAAUUGAAGUUGAGAAAGGUUUGCAUCACUUCAAAAUAAAAGGUCAAGGAGUGGAUGAGGAGCCGAAGAACCUACUAAGAAUCGAUGAAAACACAAGGGAGGUUUUUCUCCUGGGACCGGUAGAUCACGAGCAAUAUCAGACAUUGACGGUAAUAUUACAGGCUCAAAACAUAGAACGUAAUCAAACAGCUCUCUCUAUAGCCAUCCAAGUCAUCAUAGAGGAUGCAAACGACAACCCCCCAAGAUUUGACUCCGAAAAAUAUGAGAUCACCGUGACAGAGUCCACAUUACAAGGUUCUGUGUUGACAACUGUUAAGGCAACAGACAUAGACAGUGGUGAGAAAAAUAAAGAUUUUAGUCUCAGAAUUGUUGGAGUCUCCCCGAAACCACAAGACUUGGAGUUCAACAUAAUGCAAAGAUCUGAAACUGGAGCCAUUUCAUUUAAGGGAUGUCUUGACCAUGAGAAAGCAGAGAAGUACACCAUAAUAGUAGAGGCCAAAGAUCAUGGAGAACCCCAGCUAUCCAGCUCCUGCACAGUCAUAAUCAGCAUAGAGGAUGGAAACAACCACCUUCCUGUCAUUACAGGACAAAAAGGCCCUGGGAGAGUUAAAGAGGGACAGAAAGAUGUCCUGGUUUCACGUCUACAAGUUACAGAUGCAGACGUUAAAGGUUCCUUGGCAUGGAAAGCAAAAUUUCUCAUCCAUGGAGACACAGAUAAUAACUUCAGGAUUACGACUGAUCAACUGACAAAUGAAGGGUUGCUUUAUGUGGAGAAGCAACUGGAUUAUGAGGAGGUUCCAGUGAAGAACAUCACUGUCACUGUAGAGAAUGAGAUUGCCUUUCAAAAAUGCAAAGUGCUGGACCGCACCAUUACUGGUCUGUGGAAAACACAAAUUAUUAAAAGCGUUACCGAUGCCACUGCAAUUGGAAGCGUGUCUGGCACAGAAGAAAGAAUAACACUAUUCAGCUAUGAUGUGACAGUCACAGUGGUGGAUGUCAAUGAGCAUCCAGUUUUUGAUGAAGACCAAAAAUCUGUUUCGUUGGCUGAGAAUGCUGCACCUGGCCAACACUUGGAAACAUUUAAAGCUCGUGACUUCGACAGAUCAGACACAGUCAUAUACACAAAAGGCAAGGAUCCAGCUGACUGGGUUACAGUUGAUUCCAAGACAGGAAGAGUAACCUUGUCAAAGAGCCCAGACCGAGAGUCAUCCUUUGUUAAGGAUGGUAUCUAUGUGGUGACAGUAAAUGCUAUUGAUAAUGGUAAACCACCAAAGACGGGCACAGCAACUCUCAGCAUCACUGUAAGAGAUGAAAACGACAACGCUCCAUCCCUGCUCGAACGGAAGAUAGACAUGUGCGUGUCUGAAGAAGCCUCAAAGGCCCAAAUAACUGCGUCGGACCUUGAUGAAGAGCCCUACGCUGGACCUUUCAGGUUCGGGCUCCUUGGAGAUGUCGCAGACAAGUGGAGAAUUGACCCUGAGCUGGGGCAUACAGUCAACCUUGUGAAGGAAAACAACGUUUAUUCUGGGUCCUAUGAGUUGCAGCUUGAACUGUCGGAUCUUCAAGGAAAGAAGGCUGUCCACAACCUGUUAGUCACUGUGUGUAGCUGCACCGACCAAACGAAGCCAAACUGUGUACUUCAAAAAGCUACUGCUCACUCCACAUUAGGACUUGGAGCAAUAGGAAUAAUGUUUAUUUGUAUGGUUCCAGCUUUGCUCUGUUUAGCUUGUAAGAUAUCAUGUCACGACCACAUGCUACCAUUAGAGGAUGGGACCUGUGACUCACAGUUGAUCACUGAUAACAUGGAGACACCAGGGACUGACUGCAAAGUGCCAAUUAAACAAGUAAGCAUGGGUAAGACCAAAGGAAAGGGAGCCAUAGCACCAGCUGGAACCACUUUUGGUGGCAUAUCAACUUCAACAGUUUCCCAUGGAAAUUCACAGAAACAAGCAUACCUCCAAAAGCGAGCCCAAUGGAACCAAUUUGAAAUGGAUAUUAUGCAAAAGAUUUCUGAUGAAGCAUUAAUCGGUAUGGCUGCAGGACAACACACGUCGGCACAAGCAGCAAGUACUUUUGGUGGCAUUUCAGCUUCAACCUGGGGCUCUUCACAAAAACAAGCAUACAUCCAUAACAGAACCCAAAUGGAACGAUAUGAGAUGAUAAAGACAACAUCAUUUGCUAUGAAGAUGACAAAUCAACAGGAAUACCUUCAGCACAGGCAUGCGUUGGAACAAGAACAUCUCUACCACUACACUGCGCUGAGCUCGGCUGUAACCACAGCGCUGGACACACUGAGGGCACCGGGGAACGAGCUGGGCGAUUAUGAACCACAUGUGUACACUGAAGAGGGAGAUUCAACACACAGCUUUGAACUGGAUGCCAUCUCCAAUCCUGAAAUGUCCUUCGAUCUAGACAUGGACUUUGAUGUGAGUUUCAGCACCCUGGCCUCGAUCUGCGUGCCUGAUAUGGUCGGUGUCUUUGAUAGAAGAGCUGAAGACAGCAGCUUUGAACAGCAGUCUGCAGUAACAUACACACACUUCAGCUAUUCGGGAGCUAGAACACACGAGGUGAGCCGUUACACACAGCAGGACUGCCUUUGUUGAAAAAGGUGCUUUUGCUUACAGGAUACAGAUCUAGAGUUCAUUUCUUUUUCUUGUUAUUUUGGACAGACAAUGUCAGUGUUGAUGCAGGAGGAAAAAUGAACCACAUCAGAAUUGGUUGAAUGAAAAGAUAGUUUAAAAAAAGAUUGUUAUUUAUGGUCACAGUAAGUCAAUUGAGUUCAGAUGCGGUCCAAACGGCAUUGAUAUUUAUUUGUUUUUAAUUGUAUCUAAACGUAGCACCUUUAUACAAAUGUCUGUAGCUGGCUGCGUUAUUUUCCCAUAAUACUAACUGAAAUGAACAUUUACGUAACUGCUGAUCAGAAGACGAGAGUGAGAACUACAGUACAUACUUUUAAAAAAAAGGAAAAGUUAAGUGAAAGCAGUGGGUUCUAUAUUUAAUGCCAUGUGGGCUUUUUAGACUGAAAUUAAACAUUAGCUGUACAAAACAAGGAAAACACAGAUCCAUAUUUAUGAUAUGAAAUAACAUGCAACGUGCCGUGAAUCCGAUUGAAGUCAGGCCAUUAAAUGUUUCCUGUUUUUAAACUCAUGUGCCGUUUCAACAGAACUAGCACCUCUAAGCAUGAACGGCUGCCAUGAUCAGGUUUUAAAGAUAAAGGCAUCCCAACAUUUGUGGAUUCAAUUCACCCAUGUCAACAUGUAGAACCAGUUUUGUGUUUGGUAAGGCUGUGGGUUGGUAAACAGGGCGUCACUGCGUGUGUGUGUGUGUACAAGUGUGUUUUAGGGCUUGAACUUGCAACAAGUUUUAUAAGUUAAAAUUUGGUUUUUUGGGUUGUUUCUUGUAUGUGUAUUUGUGUGUUUUUUGCUAAUCUAUUGUUUGAAUAUGUGUAGUCUGUCCACAAAUACAAUAAAGCCGUCCAUGUUCCAUUUGAAAAUCUGCAAGCCAGUCGAACUUUUAACACAUGAAUCAUAAGUUUACUACAUGGUUUGGGGACUUUAAUAACACCACUAUAACAUCUGACUUUGUUUUUCUCAAUGUAAAACUCAAUACAGUUAAAUUCCAGUCAGACACUGACUCUGUGUGGUUGAUCUAAAAACAACAGAAGGACCACAUCGUAUGGGAAAGAAGGCUGAAUCGUUAGCUUCUUGUUUUACAUUCAGAACCUUGAAUAGAAUGUUUGAGCUGUAUAUUUUUUCAGUUCCAAAAUUUAAACGUAUGUUUUGCACCCGUUAAAACCUAAAACUUUACAUGUGUUUUUUCCACGAUGACAAUCUGCAUAUAUUCAUAUUCACUUUGCCCUGAAAACUAAGUGCUUCAAACUAUAGACCGCAGAGACAAAUACAGUUUUCGUAGGUUUUAAAAAUUAUAUAAAAAGCCAAUUUAAUAUUCAAAGUGGUUGCUUUGAAAUACAGUGCUCGUCUCCUUUGGUUUACAUUCUGCAUGACGAAGCCAGUGGAAUUUAAGAAGGAACCUCCUUUAGAUUAAUCAUUUCUGCCAGUCUGCCUAUAAUAUACGACUGUUAAAAUUAUAUAAAUAAACCCUUAGAUACUAAAAAUGUAUAAUGUGUAGCUGACUGUGCCAAACAAA